CUUGAAAGUGCUAACUAUUUCCUGAACUACCACUGAUCAUUCUCAAAAAGCGCGGAUAUGCGAUCAUCUUUGUCAUUACUUGCUAGCGUAUCCCGCAGCUCAUCAUCGAAGCUCAGGAAGCCAGCGAUUGGCUUAGAUCAUUUUAUUCAAAGACAGCGAGUCCUCGGACUUUGGCGAGAAAUCGUCCGAGCAUUACAUAAAAUCCCUAAUUCGCCGACGCGGGAAGAGUUGCGUAGCUAUGCUCGCCAUGAGUUUGAGCGGCAUCGCAAUGUAACAGACUUGCAACAUAUACGAUAUUUGCUUUCGACAGGAAAGGCCGAGUUUGAUACUAUGAGACGGUAUAUCGAUGAACAGGCUUCGGGUUAGCCUGUUUGCGACAGCUUUAGCUCCGGUGAUUCAAUUGAGAACCAGUGGAUUUCAAAAUGAUGUAUCGGUCAUAUGCCCAAUAUGCAGAGCGCUUUGUCUGUCUUGGGUUGCACCACAUAACAUAAUCAAUAAGCCAGAAGGAAAGCAUGGAGGCGAGAAUAUCCUAUGCAUAACAGUC